UCAUCUCCUCACAACUACAACGUUAUAUCAUCGAGGUGGGUGGUGGUCAGGGAUUACAACUGUAAAUGUAUCUCCAUUGAAAGGAAGAUUCAUCAUGGACCAGGAAAAUGACGAUAAAAAGCAUAUGAUUGGAAUAAGAAAACUUACAUACUUGAAGACAUAUGGGGUUAAACGUUUUCCCUACCGUGGAAAGCGCAAAUACACGCCAUUGGUUUACCAAUCUGAUGAUGGAGGAAUCGUUAUCUCAAAUGACGUUUUCGGAUUGACAAUCAGACAGUUUGAACGGAUGUUUAAAGAUUGUUUAGAUAGAAGAAAAACAAACGAAAGCUGGAUAAUGAAUCUUCGAUAUCCUGACAAAGCUUCAAAUGAAUAUCUGGAAUUCUUAAAUAAGUGUACAGACUGCAAUAAAGAGUUUUUGUCUUGGACUGAAAAUGAUUCUAUAAACAACCACUUGGUUAAACACCUGAUAAGAACAAUAGGUAAUGAAAUAGACAUACGUAAAAGACAACUUUUGUUUAUCUUACAUGAUAUAAUAUCCAAUGCACAUGACGAAAAUUUAACACAAAUAUCCAGUGGGAGUUUAGCAGAAGGACUGGAUUUACCUGGAAGUGACAUAGAUAUCAUGUUUGUCGAUGAAAUAGUAAACGUAACAUUGAUUAAAAGAAAUAUUAAACAUCCGGUACAACGUACUGAAGUAUUUAUGGAGACAGAUGCUGAUCAUCCUGGAUUUACUAGACUCAGGUCAAUAUUUAUCAACGACCACCUUUGUAAAUCGUCUAAAGCAGAAACACCAGAAGCAUCAGCAGAAUUUCACAAUACACGGUCCCUGCUUAUCAGAUAA